AUGGUACUUCCAAGGAUUUGUAACAACGCCUGUAACAACACCCGGAACAACCCCUGGAACAACACCGGAACCACACCAGGUACUACACCAAGCACAACAACAGGUACUGCACCAGGCACAACAACAGGAACAACACUUGGAACAACCCCCGGAACAACACCUGGAACAACGCCUGGAACAACACCCGGAACAACCCCUGGAACAACUUCGGGAACCACUCCAGGUACUAGACCAGGCGCAACACCAGGAACAACACUGGGAACAACCCCUGGCACAACACCUGGAACAACUCCGGGAACCACACCAGGUAUUACACCAGGCACAAUACCAGAUGUAAACGAAUGCCCCUCAGAUAACCCUUGCAUGAAUGGAGCGAAUUGUAUCAACCAUAAUGGAACCUAUGAAUGCAAUUGUGCAGCAGGAUAUCAGGGCAUCAAUUGUGGAAAUGCUUUAGAUGCCCAAACCAUCGCUGUUAUAGUAAAGAUGCAUGGAAAAUACGGUCCUGAGUUCAUUCAAGAAGGCACCCCAGAAAAUAUGGAAAUGAAAACAAACAUUACAACAGCUAUGAAUUCCGUUUUAGCAGGAGAAGGGACAUCCCACGGAUUUGUUGGAGCAAAUGUGAAUACGUUAAGCGUAGGCAGUCUGAUUGCGUUUGUUGAUCUUCUGUUUGACCCAACUGUCGUUGUAUCACCUGGUUCCAUUGUGGCUCUACUUCGCUCUGGUAUCGACACGAACGAUGUAUUCAUAGCUAUGGCUGUAUUCAGUGUUUCGUUAGAAAAUGUUGAAUGUGGUUACCGGCCGGCAAGUCCAACAACGAGUUCAAGAAUCAUCGGUGGAUCAUUGACCCAGCUGGGAGACUGGCCUUGGAUGGUUUCUCUUCGAGACAGCAACAAUGUUCAUCGAUGUGCAGCCGUGGUCGUCAACAGAACAGUAGCUGUUACCGCAGCCCAUUGCGUGGAUAUCUUUGAAACUGCUGUGCUUGGUGACCUGAAACUGUCAAGGCCUUCACCGUAUCAUUUGGAAAUUGGAGUGCAGUCCAUUUCCCAUCCAAACUACGACAGCCAGCUAAUAGAUAACGAUAUUGCACUGAUUGUGUUUGAUAAACCCCUCGAAUUUAAUAACGAUUACACAAGACCGAUAUGCUUGUCUCCACAAGAAGAUCCUUCUACCUACACAAGGUGUUAUGUCUCUGGUUGGGGAUUAACUGAAGAAGGAGGGCACGUGUCAGACACCAUGCAAGAGGCCACAGUACGAAUCUUCAGCCAGGAGGAGUGUGCACGCUUUUACCAUGAUCGAGAAAUCACAUCCGGCAUGAUCUGCGCAGGUCACCAAUCAGGAGAUAUGGAUACUUGUCAGGUAGAGAUAAACGACAAAUUGAAUUGCAUGGGCCUCGUGAUCUCGGGGAUCUCCCCCACUUUUACCAGCUCUAUAGCACUCCUGAAUCUUAUGUUAUUUACUUUACAGUGCCCAUGCACAGGAAGAGCAGUAUUAUAUAUACUGACGGGUAACUGUCCUCUUAUUCUCUUCAUUUCACAGGGGGAUACCGGUGGACCGCUCCAGUGUGAAGACGACGAAGGUCGUAUGUAUUUGGUGGGCAUCACAAGCUUUGGAUAUGGCUGUGGGAGACCAAACUAUCCAGGGGUGUACACCCGGGUCUUUGAGUACCUGGACUUCAUUGAAAAUGGAGGACCAGAAGAGGAAGAGGAAGGGAUAGAAGGUCCUCCACCAGUUCAAAUUCCAUUAGGGGAAUCCCAGGACAUUGUGGCCAAUGUAAUCUAUACGCCUGAGAAGAUUUGGUAUAUAACGACACCUGACGGUGAUGCACUGGACAUAUUCAUUAGAUACCUUGAUCUCGAGAGAGUAUUUGAUCACCUGGUCAUGGGCUUUGGCAAGGACUCUAGUGAUGUGUCUUCCAUCAUCGCAGACUCAGACACAUUCUUUGCUCAUUUCUACCAUGUCCGCAGAGAGAGUGUCUGGAUCAAGUAUAAAUCAGAGGCGGUUCAAGUUGUUGAAGGUCAUGGUUUCAGCGCAACCAUAGAAGCAAAAUCUAUUCAAGAUGCAUCAACAUGUACAAACCAAACGUGUGGUGAUUCAAAUAUUUGCAAUGAUAUUGCCUCUGGUUACUCAUGUGUCUGCCUGGACCAAUCACCUCUCCCUCCUUGCAAUGAAAUUGCUGAACGUCACAUCGAUGUUUCACCUGGCGUGUAUUGCGACUUCAAAGAUGACUUUUGUGGAUGGGAGCAGGUCAAAGAACCACAGGAUGAUUGUGAUUGGUAUCUGUAUUAUGGCAAUUCCUACAUAAAAGCUUCCACAUGUAGAACUGGAGCUGUCAACUCUGCAGGUCUCAUCAGCCCACUACUUAUCCGGUCGGGAGACGGCAGUGAUGAGCCCCUGUGUUUUACGUUUUCUUAUUGGAUUGACGUUUCAGAGGGGGCACUCAAGGUCAGCUUUAUUCCACAGGAUACCCGUACGAAACAAGAACUAUGGUCGCGUGAGCUUGACACGGGCAGUGAGCAAUGGAGGUUUGGGCAGGUGGACCUCACUCCCGAGGGAUCCGGAUGGCUGGUGCUAGAAGCAAUCUUGGGUGAAUCCUUUUAUACCGGUAUAGCGAUCAACCAGGUUCGCCUGUCUAGUUGUCGGACGUCAGAAGAUGGAGAGUAUGACAUCUUCCUUGAGCCCGAUAGUAUUUUCCACCUGCUCUCUCCGAACUUCCCUGAACCCUAUCCAAAUUUGUUCGACCAAACCUGGUUGAUCACCGCUCCUGAAGAGUCUGGAACUCGAGUCGUUUUUGAUCUCCUACAUAUCGAGCCUGUGUUUGACCUUCUGGUCAUCGGAAUAGGACAUGACCCAUCAGUCAGUGAGAAUAUUGUUCGGAUCAUCUCAGGGUACGACAGCAGCCUCGACUCAAUCCUCCUGGUCAGCAACCUGUCUUGGGUCAGCUUCGAGACUGAUUAUACAUCCAGAGACAUGGGUUUUGUUAUUGCUCUAAGUACAAUCAAAGACUUCUCUGAAUACUUCCUCUGUCAUGCCAGCCCUUAUGCCCUUCCAUUGACAAGUAAAUGUAAUGGGCUUGUUGAGUGUUUAGAUGAGAGUGAUGAAUUGAUGUGUGGAACCCCCCCAGCAAACUCGUCCUGCUUCGAGUGUGCAUCUAACUAUGAAUGUGUGUAUGAUCCAAGCUGGGUUUGCGAUGGUGCCUAUGAUUGCUUUAACGGACAAGAUGAAUUGAACUGCACAGCAACCCCCCCAGCAAACUCGUCCUGCUUUGAGUGUGCAUCUGACUAUGAAUGUGUGCCUGAUCCAAGCUGGGUUUGCGAUGGUAUUGAUGAUUGCUUUAACAGAGAGGAUGAAUUGAACUGCACAGGUACUACUACGGCUAGUCCAACCAAUGACACGAUUUCAGUUUCAGUGGUUAACCUGACUGUUGGAGAAACGCGGUCAAUUUCAUCACCAAACUAUCCUAAUGAGUAUCCAAACAACGCCUAUUAUACUUGGUACAUCACGGCUCCAUCAAACUACUCGGUGCUCAUCACAUUCAUAGCAUUUAAUCUGGAGAGUGGCUAUGACCAUCUGAGCAUAGGGAAUGGUCAUACGCCUGGGAACUUGGUGGCAAAAACUUUCUCAGGACAAGAUAUACCAGCUUCUUUGAGAUUGUACAGUUCUAAUAGUUGGAUGCGAUUCACCAGUGACUAUUCAGUCACGCGUCAGGGAUUCCAGCUGCAGCUAACAGUGAUCGCUGGAUCUUUAGAUUACCAUGAACAUGUAAGUGAAGGAGAAACCAUCCGAAUUCAGUCUCCCAACUUUCCUGAUUUCUACCCAAACAAUGCCUACGUUCAUUGGGUCAUCACCAAAGACCAUGAGGAAUUGUAUUUUCAAAUUACCAUCCUGAGGUUAUCCCUAAAUUCUUAUGACUAUCUCACGGGAAGAGCUGGAGACCAGGAAACUAAUGCUACAACCAACGUUUUCUCCUAUGGACCCUACAGCAGAAUCUACAGUUCUGUUGAUUUUCUCUUACGUGAACCAUCAGUCGUCAUUGAGUUCUCAUCAGAUGCGUAUUUCACCGACAUGGGAUUUGAACUUGAAAUAUCAGUGUUGAAUGCAUCAGAUUAUUUCUUCUGUGAUGGGAACCAGCUGCACAAUUGGGUGGUAGUAUGCGACUUCACCAUUGACUGCGAUGACGGUACAGAUGAAAAAGGAUGUGAGAGAGUCCUCACACAAGGUGAAUCAGUGAAUGUGUCAUCGACCUAUCAUUCUGGGGGCGGCUACAUCCUUUGGAAGCUCACUCUUGCUGAUGCACCAAAUUUGGCCUUUCUGAUCGAACCAUUGUACUCAUACUUUUAUGAUGGCUCCCAUCUGGUCUUUGGUUAUGGACAUGACCCAAACACCAAUAGCAGCAGGACAUGGAAUGUAACAUACAGGGAUGGUUAUUAUUAUAGCUACCAGUCUGGGGCUCACGAGAAACACCUCCUCAACAGUUCAGAUAUGUUCAUUGAAUAUCAGUACUCAACUUAUGCCUACGACUACUUUGAGUUUCAAAUAACUGCUGUAGAAGCAAGAGACUAUAUGUAUUGUGACAGCGAACCAACGACAGAAGUCUCCUUAAGAACAGCCCAAUGCGAUGGUGUUGCAGAUUGCAUGAAUAGCAAUGAUGAAUAUAUGUGCGAUCCACAUGAAGUAUCACCAGGGGAUAUCUUGAAGCUUCAAUCAUAUGGCUACACCUAUCACACUGCUGGUCAAACAUCAUCUGUAACUUGGUCCUUGAUUGCUACUGAUAAUAACUAUGUCUUGCUUCGUUUCGCGAUUCUUGCCAUUACCCCCAAUGAUACCCUGUGUGUUGGAGAGGGUAACAACCCUCAGAAUGCUUCAUCUACCAUUACCUGCAUUUCAGGAUUCCUCAGUCUAGGCCCUUGGGUUUACUCGGAGUAUGAACUUAUGGACGUCUAUGCCAGUGUUUUGGCUCCUCCCGCCUCUAAUGGCCUUUGGGUAUCAUUAGACACAGUAUCAUUAGACACAGGGUUUGAGUAUGGAGGAAGUGGAUUCCAAAUCUUUGCUUCAGCCGUAUCAGAAAUAAAUGACUACAGACCGUGUGGUAAUAGCUCUGGUUUGGUGUUCCAUGUGAAUCUAACGUGUGAUGGAGCUGCACAGUGUCCCCAACGUGAAGAUGAAUCUCAAUGCCCUCCACGACAGAUAAACUUCACUGCUGAUUCCGAAAACAGCGCAGUAUCAGUGGGUACCAUGUACUCGACUUUCAUCAUCCCAAACCUUCAGAUCACAUGGACGAUUCAUGCAGAAUCCGGAGUGCUGGUUUUCGUCUUUGAGGCUUAUAACCUUGGAUCAUAUUUGGUUGGAUACACUCCUGAAGUGGAUCUACUUCAAGUAGGAGAAGGCAUCUUGCCUGGAAAUGAUGUUCUUUUCAGCGUAUCACAUGAUUACUUCGAUAGUUACCAACAUUACAGAUUCAUUCAGACAACCACCAGUGAUGGUUGGAUCUUUUUCAGGACAGGGGAUGUUAUUGGAUCAUACUUCUCGCUUACUAUUCGAAAUGGAAAUAUAAGUGAUGUGUUCUGUGACUUUGAAUAUGGCUCGUUCUGUUCCUGGAGCCCAACCAAUAUCUCUGCUGGAGGUUACACUGGAUCUUGGAGUAUUACUUCAGGGAAUCAAUCUUACUCUGAAUAUGCAGAAGUCGACCAUACUCUUAAUACAACUGCUGGCCAUUACUUAGUGAUGUCAUCCAACCAUUACUACAACAACAACCCCACCUCACUGCAAAGGACAAUAGUGAGGGAGGAUCCCCUUAGAGUCAAUGAAUGUUUAUCGUUCUGGUACAUCAUUGCUGGUAGCCUUAACCUCAACAUCACCUACAAAACUAAUGGAUCAAAGUCUGAAUCUUUCUUGAUCUGGAUAAAUGAAGGCCUGUCAAAGCAUGAAUGGACGUAUGCCGAGAUCAACUUGUUUGGUCUUCCAUCUGGGACUGCUAUUCUUGAAGGAAUCAUUCACAACUACUACAACCAGGGAUUUAUUGCUAUUGAUGAUAUCCUGCUCGGACCCUGUAUCACAAAUUCUACUCUUGUCAUUGAACCUGACCUGCCACCCGAACGCCUUGUUAUUCGUGGAAGCCAAGUUCCUUACCUCCAUGUACGAACCUAUCCUGGAUAUCAUUUGAAGUUUGAACUGACCAAUUCAUCGAUUAUCCUACCUCCCUUCACAAUCGUACCCGGCUUUGUUGCAGAUGAACAAGCGUUCUUCUUUCCAAUCUAUUUUGGUCAAAUAAACAUCACAUAUGGAGGGAGUCAAAACUUCUCUUCUUAUGAACUUGGGUCACAGUUUGCAGUGAUACAUCCAAUUGAUGACAUUUAUUUUGAAGACCAUGAUAGCUUUGCUGUGGUUGAGAUAUCUGCUAUUCUCACGGGAGAUUCACUGAUCUGCUCACAUUUCCCACUGGUGGUCAGGAGUGAUGAGUUAUGUAAUGGCCACUAUCUUUGCCCGUUUUAUGAUGAUGAAAUUCAAAGCGCAUGUGAACCCAGCCAAAUAUUCCUAGCAGAAGCACAGCGUCUAUCAGUUACAUCCCCAGGCUACCCUCUAGGUUAUGGGAAUUUGUUGUUCUUCACAUAUGUCUUGCAAACAAACACAUCCGGCUUCCGAAUAACACCCCAGGACGUCUUUCUCGGCGAUGGAGAUACCCUUAGUAUCGGACCUGGUGCUGAUCCAUUUUUUGGCAUAGAUCCAACUUUCAACCUGUCUAGCUACCAUGGUGGUACCAGUGGCAGUUUUGUGGUUGCAUCCCCAACAAUGUGGAUUAGGCUUGUUUCCUCGUCGUAUAGUACACUCAGAGACAGGAGGUUCAGCAUUGCCGUUCAGAGCAUCGAUAUAUCUGACCUUGUUGUUUGCUCCGACGGAACUUCUUAUAAUUCUACUGCUCGAUGCAAUUCUAUUGAUGAUUGUAAUGAUGGCAGUGAUGAAAACAAGUGCAAAUACUCGCUUACUGUUGGAGAAACCCACUUUCUUUACAGUUAUGGAUCACAUAGUAGACCUUACAACAGGACAUGGUUAUUCGAUAUCAAUUCUUCACAAAGCGAUGCCGGUAACAUUGCCUUCUUUGUGUACAUUAGCGACAUUUAUUUAAGCUAUGGCAACGUACUUCGUAUUGGCUCUGGAUUUGUCCCCAGUAAUGAUUCAGAAUUUCUAUUUGCCAAUGAUGACCACCCGUCUAACAGGGCAAGAAGGCUCAUUCAGUCAUCAGAGAUGCACGUGGAUUUCACAAGCUCCUAUAGUUAUUCACAUUUCAACCUGGCGAUUACACCCCGUUCCCUUGAAGGUCUUUUUGUGUGCAAUGAUGGAUUUUAUGCAGUCAACCAGUCCUCUCUGUGUGAUCUCAGUGUAGAUUGUCCGGACUCCAGUGAUGAAACCGGCUGUGUACAUGAGCUGGACAAUGGAGAACAUCUUUAUCUGUACUCGCCAAAUUAUCCAAAUAGCUACUACGGCAACACCUCCAUCCUUUGGCUCUUCCAGGCGAAUUCAUCAGCUGGAGGCAACUUCUCUUUCGUUGUGACCAUCAACGAGUUGCACCUCGACAGCUAUGAUACUUUGAAGAUAGGACAAGGCCAUGAUGCCGAUGGCUUCACUGUAGUCAAUUUCACUGGCUUUACAUCCCUGGACAACCCAUAUUUUACCGUCGUUGAAGGAGAUGAGCUCUUUAUUGAAUUUGUGACCGAUGACUAUUACGAUUCAGGAGUUUUUAGCAUCGAUAUUGGACUCUACUUGCGAGAUGGGAAAUUUAUAUGCAAUGCUGGCAGUGGCAAAGGUCUCGUUAGCAUUAACAAAGUAUGUGAUGGGAAGGUUGAUUGUAUUGAUGGUACAGACGAGACAAAUUGUUCUGUCAUCCUGGCAACAGACGAAACGGUUUUCCUUGCCUCCUACACUUAUCCUUCUUACGUGAACUAUGGAAAUGACUACAUCUAUUCAAGCUGGAUCGUUUCAUCAGCAGACAGUGCAAAUGCUCUGAUAGUCCAAGUUGAAUAUAUUAAACUCUAUUUUGGUGACUCACUUAUCAUACGUAACAUUGGUGCAACUACAAGCCGGAGAGAGACCACGUGGUCAUUUGCAGAUGAUACAACCUUUACUUGGAGCGAUAUUGCAGAUAAAGUAUUCCCAGAGGGAGAACUGUCGGUGGAAUUCAAGAGCCUGUAUGGCGGAGGUUUUGGUCUCGAAAUACUUGCACUCCCGCUGGAAGAUAUCAUAACAUGUGAUGCUGGAGAUAAGAUCGCUCCGCCUGGAAACAGAUGUGAUGGUACUGUGGACUGUACUGACUUACGUGAUGAGCUUGAUUGCCCUCCCAUCGCAAGCUUUAAUCUGAGUCUUGGCGAAAAUGUUACCAUCCAGUCCCUUGGAUAUCCAGUUUACUUACCUAUCACCAGACCAUUGAUAAAGACAUGGACAUUCAGUGCAGUGGAUGGGACAAGGCUACGUUUGGAUAUCAUCCAUCUGCAGAUGGAAAGUGUUGACCAUUUUACGCUAGGAACUGGUUUUGACAUACACAAUGCUUCAACGAUUUUGUAUGAGCUAUCAUAUGAUGUUUACAAGGGAAUUGAAGGAAACAGUCUGCUACCUAUCAUACCACCGGGAUCUGAGUUUUGGAUCGCAUACUUCAGAACUCAAGGGAGUUUUUUUCACACAUCUUCCUUUGCAUUUGAAGUUACCGCUGUCCAAGAAACAGAAAUUCAAUGUCCUGCUGGUGAAACAACUUGUGGAGACAUCUUCUUUGAAUGUCUUGACUCCACCAUGUUCUGUGAUGGAGUGAAUGACUGCAUACAUGGGACUGAUGAAGAGUGUGAAUGUCCUAGUCUUUGGGAAGUGCGAUGUGGUCCAUAUAGAGCAUGUGUCAACCGCAAUAACUUCUGCACCAGUUACCAUUCCUGUGAAACAGACUGCACAUUUGCUUGCAACAAUGGGCGGUUCAUUCACCAAGGAUUUGUGUGUGACGGAUUCAAUGACUGUGGAGAUUUUACAGAUGAGCGACAAGACUGUGAAUGUGCAGCCCAUCAGUAUGAUUGUGGUGAGAAAUGCAUUUACAAAAACAGCGUUUGCGAUAGCUUCGUAGACUGUGCUGAUGGAAGUGAUGAAAAGAACUGUUCAUGCCAAAGCUUUCAGUUUGAGUGUGCCAGUGGAGAAUGUGUUAAUUUCUGGCAACUUGGGGAUGGAGCAUCUCAGUGUAGUGACGGCUCCGAUGAAAUUACCGAAAACAGUCAAUACUGUCCUGGCAAUUACUUCCAGUGUCAUAACUUCGGCAACUGUCUAGCCCGCAGUGACGUCUGUGAUGACCAGCAAGACUGUAAUGAUGGAAGUGAUGAAUGGUUUUGCUCUAGUGACCCACCAGAUGAAGUAGUCCUUAACACAGGAGAGUGUUUCAACCUGACAUCACCUUUAUAUCCAAACGACUACUCUAACAGACUAAACUAUAUCUGGACUAUAACUGGAGCAGUUGGAGACUCUGGUAUACGCAUGAAAUUCGAUGUCUUCUCUUUAGAAUCCGGCUAUGAUUUCUUGGAAAUCGGGGUUGGUACUUUUGAUGGACAUUACCUGUACCGAUUCACCGGGACAUACUCUAUUGAAAAUCAGGGCGUUGCGGAGUCUUCUUAAGUGCCUCUAAAAC